UAGAAGGUGAAGAAUCUGGACCUAAGAAGAAGAAGCAGAAGGUUGCCCAAGAGAAGAGGCUUUACUCGGAGCUAAAAGGGCAUGUCUGGGUCAUCUGCAGCUGUAGACCACUACACCAGACCGAGGCAGAUAAAAGUUGCUAUAAUGUGGCUAAAUUCGACUCAUGCCAAGAUAAUGAGCUCAAGAUUAUAUUUUCUGAUUCUAAGAAAAGUUUGUACAAGUUGGAGCAUGUCUUCAAACCAGAUGACAACCAAGAGUUAGUAUGUAGAAAGAUCAAAGACAUUGCCACUUCAGUGCUGAACGGCUAUGAUAUAUGCAUAUUAGCAUAUGGCCAAGCUGGAACUGGGAAUACAUAUACCAUAGAGGGCACACCUGAACAUAGAGGAGUGAACUACAGGUGUCUGGAC